CCUCUCACCCCUUCCUCCAACGACAAUGUCCAAGCAUCUCCAGCUCGAACACGCUACGGCCCUGCCGCACCUUACCGCCGCACGCAUCAUCCUCAACUCGCCCCACAUCGUCGACGAAAUCAUGAACCACGCCACCCGGGCGACGCUCGUCGCCUGUCUGCGCGUCAACCGCGACCUGCACGACGUGGCAGGCAAGGUUCUCUACCACACCAUACGCAUCAACGCCAAGAAACUCGAUGGUCUGCUCAUGGGCGUGAGCGUCAAGGAAGGGGAAGGCCCUACUCUCCCCGAGUCGCCCGUCAUGCCCUGCUUCAAGAACAGCCUUCUCUCUCGCACUCGCGUCCUCUCAAUGGGCAACCACCGAUGGAGGCUGUGCACCACCGACAACAAGCGGCUCAACGCGCAGGACCAUUCAUUGAGGGACGCUAUCAAACGCCUCUUGAGUGGUGUACGCACUGUGAGGAUUGUCCUUCCCCAGAAAAAGGCCCACUUAGGAGACCUCUGCCAAGGGGGAACUUCCACAUGUGGCUUCCUCCACCUCCUCCACCCGAAAGUGGUCUUGGUGCGAAACGUCUGUGGGCUCAUCCUCUCCAAUCCCGUGUUUGACUGGCCUCUUCCUCCUCAAUCACACGUCUUCUGGGUCCUCCCAAGCCACAGAAGCAAGAGAGGCGACCUCGAGAUCCCGCGGCUCGCCAAUGCCGAGUACAACACUUCUGUCCAACCCAACAGUAUGGUCUUCCAUGACAAGUUUGAGAAGUGGACCAAGAACUCUUCUCAAGUGACAACGACGUCGAGGAGGACGACCAUGACGACCGGCAAACCCUUCAGUGCCGAGCCGUUCAUUAGGUUCUUUCACGAGGCCGAGAGCUUCUCAGAGGAUCACGUUACAACCGUAUACGGUCUCGAAACGGUAGACCUUCUCGAGCGCCACGACGAUGCUGCUGUCAAGAAGUAUCUCGAGAGCUUCCCCCUUCACCAGAACCACCUCACGUCCGCUUCCUUGCAGAAGCUGGUGAUUCACUUCGUCCAAAAUGGGGUGCCAGUCCCUGGGUCUGGCAACUGGCCAAGCACCGCUUACACCUUCAAGACGCUCGCCGACUUCACCGCGCUCGAUACCGCAGUUAGGCGUUACGUGUUGUGCGACGACUGCCGCUUUUAG